AUGUCAGCCCAGAAGGACAGCUGGGUUUCAUCCUUCUCUUUCCUGCUCUUCUGGGUCUCCUCCAUCCCAACGCAGGGAAGUGAGAGGCUGCUGCAGGAGCUGAGCCCUCAGGAUUAUUUCAGUAGCUUGCAAGUUGGCAAAGCAUCCCUGGCUUACUUCAGCCAUCCUGUUUCUCCUGAUGCCCAGCCCUUCUUGGAGCAGAUUGAGAACUCAGCUGAGGCCCUCCAGGACUAUGGCAUUUCAGUGGUGAAGGUGAAUUGUCCCAAAGAGGAUGUCUCAAGAUACUGUGAAAAGGAAAAUGCAUUAAGGAAAGCCUACCUGUUCAGAGGUAACAUGCUGAUCAGAGAGUUCCCCACUGAUGCCUUGUUUGACGUGAACUCCAUCGUUGCCAACGUGUUGUUUGCCUUGCUCUUUAAUGAAGUUAAAUAUGUUGAAACAUUGGCAGAUCUUCAGAACAUGGAAAAUACACUUAAAGGGAAGUCAAACAUGGUCUUUGCCUAUGUACCAGCUACUGGGACAGCAGAGCAUAGAGCUGUGAUGGAGGCAGCUUUUGUCUAUGGGACUGUCCACCAGUUUGUUCUGACAACUGAGGCAGCGCUGCUGAAAGACACCAGCAACGAUGAGCCUGACGUCUCAUCUGCUCAGUUGUUGUUCUGCCACUGCCAGCAGGCCACAGACCUGGCACAGCCCUGCAGGAGGACAGCCAUGGAGCAGGCUCUGACCUUGCUCAACAUCCACAGGCACCUCAAACUCAUGGGAGCUCCUCUGGUGACAGAGGUUGCUGAGGACCCAGAGAAGGUUUCCACUGUUCACUUACAGCUUGGGCUCCCACUUGUGUUCAUCCUCAGCCAGAAAGAGACCUAUGAGGCAGACAGGAGGACAGCAGAAUUCGUGGCCUGGCAGCUCAUGGGGAAAGCAGGGGUUGCUCUUUUGUCCAGGGACCUCGUCAAUUUGAACGUUCUGCUCCGGUCAAACGUCGCUCUCAAGACACCAGAUGAGGGAGUGCCAGUCAAAUACCUGGCCUUGGAAGACACUGAUGAAAUUAUAACCCUUGUGGAAGAUAAAAGCAAGGUCAAACAAAUCCAGGAGGAUGAGGAGGAGGAUGAAGAGGAGGAUGAAAAAGACAAUAACAAUCAAGACAUUCAGGAUGAUCAGGUGGUGGAAGCAGUUUCCAGGGACAAGAAGCAAGAGCUGCCCCUGGAACAGAUCCUUGCCCUGACAGAGGACACCUUCCACUCAACCCUCUUGGAGGCUGCCCGGACAGUGGUGCUGUUCUAUGCCAGCUGGGAGGCAGUGUCCCUGGCAGUGCUGCAGACUUACACUGAGGUGGCUGAUCACCUGUCAGGAACUCAGGGAGUUUUGCUCUCUCGGGUGAACUGCUGGGACUGGCCUGGGGUUUGCACCAAGGAGAAUGUCACUCAGUUUCCCACCCUCAAGAUUUAUGAGAAGGGAGAAUCAGCAGUGAUGUAUGAUGGCAUGUGGGGAACUGAGGAACUGACCAGCUUCAUCAUCCUUAGCCAAGUUUCCUGCCCCCUGAAGCUGGCCACGAUUGAUGAAGCAGAAGGAUAUUUAAGAGGAGACUUUCCAUCUGAGCUGUCUUCCUUUCACCACACUUCACUUCUAGGAGUAUUUAGCACAGCCAUGAGUGAAGCCAGGGAAGCUUUCGAAGAGGCAGGAAACAUCUUAAGUGGCCACGUAGCCAUGGGGAUGUAUUUGGAAGAUGAAGCUUUGGCUUUAUCCCAUAAAUACGCCGUGUCACCCCCAGCCCUCCUCCUUGCCAGGAGCAGAGGUCAGAGCGUGGAAAGUAUCUCUUUGUCCAAACAGAGCACCCAGGACCUGGUGCAGAUGAUCAGAUAUGAAUUGCUGGACAUAUUUCCCGAAAUCACCGUGCAAAAUCUGCCCCACUACUUGCAGCUCAGAAAGCCUUUCCUCAUCUUCUUCAGCGAUGGUGACAUCGAUCAGAUGGAAAGCAAGGAAAUGCUGAACCUGGCAGAAAAAACACCCCACCAAGCAUUUGUGGCUUGCUGGUUGAACUUGAAGAAGACGCCGGUGGGACGCGGGGUCCUGAAGUCGUAUUUUGCCACCGUGCCUGCACUGCCUCUUCUUGUCUGGGUGGACCUUCAUGCCGGGGGUCAAGUAUUCAGGUUCCCAUCAGAGCAGACCCUCACUGAAACAAACAUCUUGUCUUGGCUGGAGAAGCUGAAAGCAGGACUGGAGAUUCCCAGCAGUACCUUGUCUGAGGAAGACUGGAAACCACCUCUCCCUGCCUAUGACUUCCUGCAGAUGAUGGACAUGACCAUGGCUGAGCUCCCCCUCCACACCUCCCACCCUCACGGGGACACGCCGGCACAGCGCCCGCUGGGAAGCCCAGGAGGGGACAAUGCCAUCCAGGAGGAGCCAUCCCAGGACAACAAAGCAGAGAAAGUUGGGUCCCCUGGGAGGGACCUUCGGGGGACAGCCCCAAGGCUGGCAGCAAAAGAGAAGCAGGGCAAGAGACACAGUGAGCUGUGA